AUGUCAACGGACAUUCCGGGCUCGAAUCGGACUUGUUGGACAUGUUUGGAUUUACUGCGCCUCUCGAACGGCACCAACCAUCGUCCCCCUGCCUGCCUCUUCCUCCUCCUCUCCGCCGCCAAGUAACUCUGACAAUUCUUCUGACCCACCACUUCCAUCAUACUCCUCCUCCUCCUCCUCGCCCACUGCUCCAACGGCGGCCGCUCAGGCGACUGUCCCGCGCACAGUAACCGACACUACCACCACCUCCCCCGACUCCAGCGAUGAGGAUCAGGACUACACCUGCCCUCACUGCGACCGUACCUUCACCUCACACAUCGGCCUGGUCGGUCAUUUGCGAAUCCAUCGCACAGAGACUGGCGAACCAGUGCGUGAAGCACCAACCUACACCCACCGCACUCGCCUCCACUGCCCACACUGCCCCCGCACAUUCAGGCAUCGCAUGGGCCUUUUCGGCCACAUGCGCAUCCACGAGAGCAGCCUUGACCGCACUCCCGACACACCCACUACACCCAACACAUCCACCGUGCACACCCCACCCUCGCUCCAUCCGUCCGCGCCACCACCACCAGCACCGCCUCCUCUGUAG